AUGGAUGGUAGAGCCACCCCACCACCUGUUCACCAUAUCCUCAGGCCACAUCAUAUUGAUCUCAUAGCAAUGCUAUUGUUGAUUUUUAAGGAAUACGAACUCCAGAAGACUUUGCCAAAAGACUUCUUGCUCUAUAUGUAUCGAGUUCUCUUGAUGGAAACGUCUGAGGUGAUUGAACAUAGGUCCCAUCAGCAUAUGCUGGCGAUGGUCAAAGUCGCGCCGAAUGCAGAUACGCCCGUUGUCCAGGGACUUAUAGGCGCUCUGGAGAAUGUGGCAACCCAGCUACGAGCGCUGGAUCAACUAACUAACUUCUUCCUAAGCACACCUUCAAUAUUUGUUGAAAAAAGUGAUGACCAACGUCGAACAUCUCUGUUCGGGUUCUUUGUGCGCAGAUGCUUCGUCAGUUUCAUCAAGCUGUCAUUCUAUGGCGUCGUGCAACUUCAAAAAGACUACCAGGCGUGGGUUAAUGGAUCCAGCAACGCAGGUUAUGGGCCAAUAGAGAAGGACCCGCUUACUUCUGAUGUUUGGCUAUUCAAGACGUCGAGUGACUUGAAAUCUUGGGCGCGACCUGAACCAUUUGACGCGUGGGAAAAAGGUUUGGCAACAGGAGAUGAUGUCGUAGGUCCCGAGAACUUGCGUAGAUAUUUUGAACAGCAUUUUCAUGAACACAACGAUUCGGGUGUUCGACAGCAUGCGUUGCUGAAUCUGGUACGCAUGCACUAUACUCGAAAAGAAUAUCCUGCUGCCAGUAAGUUACUUCGUGAAGCUAUUGCAGUCGCUAGGACAAGUGGAGAUCGUAUAACGCUCCAGCAUUGUAUCAGCAUGCUUCAUCGCUUGCCAUCCCUGAACGAAACUCCAGUCUUAAAUGAGAUUCAGCCUGACCUCCAUCCGCUGGAGGUGUUGUUUGACGUGACAAAGCUACUUGAUCCGCAAUACGGACAACCGCUGACUUUGUGCUAUGAGAAAUUGACUGAGGCUAUUGCCCUACAUAAUCACUGGGUAGAUACCAAGCAAGCAAUGCCUCGUGACGCAGACAUUUGCAGUCACAAUGCAAUGCAAGCUGUACUAUGGCAAACGUUAGGAUGCUACGAUCUUGCCGAUGUCGAGGAAUCGUUCGUAUUGUUAAUCACGAGGGCCGGCAAAGACGACCCAAACCGUCUGAACACACUCAUUAAUCGCUCUUAUAGGCGCGCCAGAAAUGGAUUGUACUCAGAGGCUUUGGCACUGCUACUGCAUUCGGAGACGUGGCGCGGCCUUUCAUUGGACGCGUACCACCAGUGGGCGGAAGCCAUCUGGCAUAUACUGGCCCUGAGAACAAGUCGUCGUGGACAACGACGCUUCUUUGACGACUUUCUCUUACCCCGAAGACCUUCGUCAUCAACCUUCGUCUCGAAGGAAUAUUUCUUUGAUGAAAGCUCGACAUCGCUUUCCGCCCUAAAUAUGGAAUUACAUGAAGUGAUGAAUGCUCGACGGCGCGGACAAGCAGUGGCGGCGAUCCAACCACUUCUGCAAGCUCUUUGGCAAGCCGAAUUUCAGGGCAGGUUUCCGUUGUAUAGAUUAGGCAUGACAUUCCUCGCCGAUGUUGGCUUAGAGUUCGGAAUGUCAGAUCAUUGCCAGCAAUUGAUUCUAGGAAUUAUGCCACAGGUAUUGUCCGGACAGGAAAUGGAACACCGUGCUUUUGCAAACCACACACUUGCAAGGUGUAUGAUUGCAUCCAUGGAUUCAUCAAAGGCAGGCAUUCGAGAAGCACUGCCAUGUUUGCUUAUGGCAGAAGCUGACUAUAUGACCUUGUCCAUGCUUGAAGCUACUUCAGAAGUCCAGCAGCUACUCAUAGUUGCUUAUCAUAAUCUCGGUAUGACAGCUGAAGAGGAGGGGGCUUUUGAACGGUAUAUGCAGUCGACAAAGCUGGCUCAAGCUUUCGAGGAAAAUCCUGUUGAUCCGGAGUCUACGAGGGUAUGGGAUACAGUUACAGAGAUCGGGAAAUCGUUGGCUUCUAGAUAG